AUGCCUUUGCCCGAAGAAAUAGACGCGGAAAAUCGCGAUCGUGAAAUACGUGUUUUAAAUAUUGCCUAUCCUCAAACGAUUGAAAAUGUUCAUGAAAAACAAUGCGGUAUACGUAUUAAAAUUAACAUGGGGAAUAUUACACGAAGUAAUCAAGUUGUCAAAUAUCAAACAGAAAUGAUGUAUUUACCCGCGGGACAUUAUGGUUUGGACGAAAUGUUAGACUAUCUUAAUGAAUUAGUUGAUGAAUAUGACAUGGUUUUUGUUAAACAAGACGGUGGACGUGUAGGUGUUAAAUUUAAUGGUGACAUUCAAUAUGCCUAUCAAACAAUUGGUACACCUUAUAGUGAAAUGUUUGCUACUUUUUCGGGUGGUGCAGAAACCUCAUUUGAUUUUGAAAUGACCCCUAGUCUAGAGUACAUGUUAGGGUUGAAAGAAUGGGUUGUACAUCCCGACAUGAUUGCUGCUAAAAUUGGUCAUUCUCAGGCAGACUUACCCUGGUUACAAUUUAUUCAAAUUGAAGGGAACAAACAAAAACUUGAACAUUUUACAUUUUACGGUAAAUAUAUGCCUGAUUUAAGUAAUGGCAUAAGUAAGUUAAUGAUUUACUGUGACGAAGUGGAACAAUCGAUUGUGGGAAAUACAAAGGCAAGAUUAUUAGCAUCUGUCCCCAUUGCGGUUGAAAAACAAGGUAGUCCAUCUCUGGCUGUGUAUACCCCACCGGACACGUCUCGAAAAUUAAUUAAAGGUCGUAUUAACGCUUUACAUAUUGGUGUAUAUGAUACACAUUACGACCCCAUAAAUUUCAGUGCGGGAGUGAUUACGUUAGAAGCUAUUAUACAUUAA